UGUAUAAUUAAGAGAUUUUGAAAUAUGUUUUAGCACAGCAACAGAUACUCACUCAAGAUACCUAAAAAAACCAAACUCAAUUAAAAAAUUCCAUAUAAAAAGUUUUCAAAAAAAGUCUAGAAUGUGGCAAAUUUUGCUAUUGUUUUUGCUCGCGAGUAGCGUAUACGGCGCAGCGCAGCGUAGAUUGGAUCAGAGCAGCGAUAACAGCAAAGAGAGCGACGAUGAUUACUACAACGAUAGCGAGAAUGAUGAUAAUAACGAAAGAGAUGCGCUUAAAAUCGACAUCGAUAUCGACUAUGCUAGGCAAAAGUUAAUGCCUAGCUACUUGUCAUAUCGAUCAGCAUACUCACCGACCACGCCGCCUUACGCACAUUUGCGACGCGUGCCACGGCACCCAUGGGAGUCGCAGCAUUCGGCCAGCGAUAAUCAUCUGGAUGCCGCCGUUGAUGAGGAGGGCUAUCAAUCGGAUCAGGCGCCCGGCUCGCUGACCGCCCAGAAGCAAAAGGAGGUGGGCAGCCCAGAAGCAGUGCAACUGAGUAUUCGGCGCUACCAGGAACAGCUGAAGAUCAAAACAAAUGAAUUGAACAACUUGGCGCGCCUGCACGUCGUGAGCAUGGAGAACGAGCCGCUCUGCAAGCUGCCGCAGGCUCGAGUGAUUCGCAUGAUGAGCGAAACAUCGAAGGUCUAUUCGCCACGUGCCACAGUGUUGCAUCGCUGUGACGAGAACAGCGGCUGCUGUCCCAGCAACUUGGUGUGGGCAGUAAAGAAUCAGACGACCGUCGAUCAGGUCUUCUGGAUGCGUUCGGUCAACAGCAGGCACAGCAAGGCGACAAUUGUCCCGAUGACCAAUCACACGGAAUGCCAUUGCAUCAAUCGAUCUGCGCAGAGGCGAAAGCGUAGCUCCCAAUGCGAGUGCCCCAAGCACUUUAUUAACUUUGCCAUUGCACAGGGUGGCGCCACCACGACAACGAGUCGCUGCCGCUGCGACUGCCACCUGAGCAACAUGACGUGCCAGCGCAUGAAGAACGGUGACGAGGGCUUCCCCGUCUCGGAGCUCAAGUGCAUUCGCGCCAACGACUGCAGCCCACCCAUCUGCAGCUAUGGCAUCUUUAACCUCAACAUCGGCCGAUGUCCGCGCUCAACGCAAUCGCAGCCCCGUCAACUGGGCUUCGGCUAAGCUCAGCCACGCUCAUUCAGCAAUUCAGAACUGUGCAUACAUUUAACUAUUAACACGUACAUACAUACAUACAUACAUACAUACAUCAAUUUACUACGCACAUCAACAAAAACAAAAACACAUUGAGCAAACAUCAUCCACUGUGCCGCACAGUGGGCACAGUUCAUGCGUUUAGAAGCAAUCGAACAUUAUCAAAUGCGAACUAUAAUAUUUACAAUUUAUACAAGUUUUUUUUAUUAAAUGAGCAAACUUAGGCUUAAAAACAACUCAGUUAAUAAUAUGAAUUA